AUGCCUGGAGAUCAAGACUUCUAUGCAUAUUAUAACCCAGAUGACGCCGCUACACUUCCCGUGGUCCUGGACCAGUUAAGCAGCUACGUUGACGCCCAGGGGCCCUUUGACGGUGUGAUGGCAUUCUCUGCGGGGGCCGUUCUGGCUGCCCUGUACCUCUUACAGCAUUGGCAACAAGGGAAACUGCUGCCGUUCAGGUUUGCCGUCUUCUUCUCCACUGCCUCCAGCGAGGCCGAACUCGCACAGCUUAGCCUUGAUCCCACCCCAGGAUGUCUGAAACUGCCCACCGCACAUAUCUGGGGCCAAAAUGACUUGACUGCCCCGACCGGUGGAGCUGCAAUAGCUAGCCUAUGCGAUCCAUCGCAAGCCUUUGUGUCUGUUCAUGAAGGUGGUCAUGAGUUUCCUCGACUGUCCAAGCUGACCGAGGCUGUUCAUAUGAUACGACGUGCGAUUGGCCCGCCUGGUCUUGAAAAGCAACAACAUAGCUACUUUGGUGGGAGUAGUGCUGAUCCCAUUUAG